AUGACAUAUUGGACAGUUUCAUUGGAUGGUGGCCCAAAACGGGCUAAUCAAGUUGCUGCUGCAUUAGGCAGCAAAAUUUAUUCAUUUGGUGAAUAUAAUUGUCAUGAUGAAUCACCUGAUAAUACUAUAUUUGGUAUACAUGUUCUAGAUACCGAAUCUUAUCGUUGGUAUCAGUUAUUAGCAGCAUCAAAUAAAUCCGUAUAUUUACCAAUGGAAACUUAUGAAAAAAUAAAUCGUCAACAAGAUUUAAAAAAUGCUGGUAAUGAUAACAGUAAUAAUGAUGACGACGAUGAUGAUGAUGAUGAUGAUGAUGAUGAUAAUAUACGCGAGAAACGGACUGCUCUCGAACAUACACCACGUUAUCGAAUUGGUCACACUGUUGUGACAUAUAAUGGGAAAUUUUAUAUGUGGGGUGGUUGUGGCAAUAAUUUAAUUUGCUCCACAAAAAUUUAUUGUUUUGAUCCAGAAAAAGAAAUUUGGUCAGUAAUUCCAUGCAUUGGUGACAUACCACUUGGUCGUACAAGACAUACGGCUGUCGUAUUUAAUGACAUGAUGAUCAUAUAUGGUGGCCGAGGGAAUAAUUUAGCGCUGUAG